AUGGGUCAAGACCCUGUUCUCUAUAAAACCCAGAUGAAGAACUGUAUCGCAGGAAACUCAGAGGCGGUCCCUGGAGAACCAACUGUGGCUACUGUUCUGAAGGCGAGGAUGGCUCCAGAUGGCUGCCCGGGAAACUCACUGGGCUCCGAGGCCUGGUGUUGGCUACAGUCACAAGGCAGCCAGGGGCACACCCGGCCCAUCCUGCUGAGGGGCUGUCUUGCCAAUGGGUUUGCAGGGCUGUGCAAGCCUGGAUGGCAGAGAGCUGGAGGGAAAGGCCCUCCCGUAAAUUCUCCUGGCCAUCCUUUCUAA